AUGGAUAAAUUGAGCACAUUGGAGCUUCCGUGGGCCAGAGUCGGUCCUGUCCGGGACUCUUCCGCCGUACCUAAGCUCCCCGCUCGCCCCAUGGUGGAGCGAAGUGUUGCUUCAUACUGUUCAUCAUAUCAGAGCCUCGUGUUUCCGGUCAUCAGCAAGUCACUGUUCGCCAAGACCCUGCAUCUCGCGUACGGACCACACUGUUAUGGUUCCGACAGUGCCAAGUCCUGCAUCUAUGCCUUAUUGUCGGUGGUGGCGAUCUUUGGCCUGGAGAAUGAUCUGGGCGAUGCACUGGACUGCGAGGCGUAUGCCAUAGCGUCCCAGAGCUUCACCGUCCCGAUCAUCAAUGAAAUGACCAUGGAUGGUCUUCAGGCGCUUGUCAUGCUUACGCAGCAUCACUACUUCCUGGCUGACUUACAAAGUGCGGCGGUCUCCAUGUCCAUGGCCAGCCGUCUAGUAUUCAAGCUGGGCGCGCAUGCGAGACCUGGCCCCACCAUCUAUCACAAGAGCAUACCCGAAUGCCAUCUGCGCGACCUUUUCUGGCUCUGCUACUCCUUUGAUCAGGAUCUCUGCCUCACAACUGGACAGCCCCCGUCGGAAUCCGGGGUGUUCUGCUCCCUGGACCUUCCGACACAUUACGCACAGCUGCAGGACACCAAUCUGCAGCACCCCGAGCAGACGUUGGCCAUCACGGAUGCCACGCUCCCUCUCUAUCCCUGGGACCUUCGUCUCUCCCCGCUCAAAGCCGAGAUUUACGAGGCUCUCUACUCCGCGACCGCGUGCCAGAGAUCCAAUUCGGAGUUCUUCGCCCAAAUUCACCGCCUCGACCAGGCCUUGGAACAUUGGCGCCUGAGCCUGGCUCCGGAUAUCCGGCCGACGCUGCAAUUCUCCGUGGGAAUGCCCGUCGACGCCACGCAUAAUACACAGGCCGUGAUGCUGCGAAGAACAAGGGGAUGGGGGGAAAGGGUUGUCAUGUUCUACGCGAUCACUUCCAUCCUGACGCUCUUUCGCAAUAUCCUCAGAAACCCACGAGAUCCUGCCAUGGCGGAUCUGGCGGAUGUGCUGCAGGGGGUCCCGAAUCUGAUCGGCAAGAUCCCCAUCCGGACGCUGACGGUGGGCCCGAUGAUUCAUCUAAGGUUCUUAAACAAUUUCGCCACCGAGCCUGCUAGGCUCGCUAGAUGUGCUAUGGCCAAAGCUGAGCGUGAGGUUGCCGCCAGCGACGAGCAUUCUUUACCGUAA